AAGAACAGAGAUACUCAGUUCGGCUCAGAGCUGAAGGGAGAAAACCACGCUGGGUCUGUUAACUGGUGAGUUUGUACUGCUUUAACUUUAUCAUUGACAAAACCUGUUUAAAUCUUACCUUCUGAUCUUCAAAAAACACGCCGUGAUUCAAAGGAAAGAUGACUUCGAUGUACAGCAGCCUUCAUGACAAUUAUGUUUCAAACAAAGGGAGGAGGACCAGCUGUGUGACAUUAGCUGUGAUUUUGGGCUGUCUGACUGUGCUCGGCAUUAUUCUUGCCCUCGCUGUGUUGGAGAGACCAAAGGCUCCUAAAAAUCAUGAGACUCUUCCUGGGUAUACUGGUGAGUUCAACCUCACUGACCAGUGCAGCAUGGCCCUUGUGGAAAGCAUUCCUCUAUAUUUAAAAUAUAAUGACAAUGCAACUUUUGGGAUCCCUCUGGAGCAAGUCUGGAAAGAUCUUAUCUCCAUCGCAUCACACAGAGUGGAAGUGGUCUCAUUUUAUUGGACUUUAACAGGGGAAGAUAUCAAUGUUAACUCCACCACUGAUGUCCCUGGAAGGGACAUCCUACAAAGACUUGGGGAACUGCCCUCCAGGAACAUAUCUGUCCAAGUGGUAACCAGUGUUCCCACAGUCAAAACAAACUCCACAGAUCUAAAGAUCCUAAAACAAAAAGGAGUUCAGGUGAGGAGAGUAGAGUUUGGUCGCCUGACAAAAGGCGUCCUCCACACCAAGUUCUGGAUUGUUGACAUGAAGCAUGUGUUUAUUGGAAGUGCCAACAUGGACUGGCGGGCUCUGACACAGGUAAAAGAACUGGGGGUGGUGGUCUACAACUGCUCCAGUCUAGCAAAAGACCUCCAUAAGAUCUUCCAGUCGUACUGGGUGAUGGGGCAGCCCAACAGCUCCCUGCCACAGCCCUGGCCUGCAGAAUACUUCACUAACAUCAAUAAACAGCACCCUCUGCUGGUGAAAGAGGAUAACAUUUCCAGCAGCCUUUAUAUUGCUGGUUCUCCACCAUCCUUUUGUCCUCCAUCAAGGACUCAGGACUUGGAGGCGAUUCUGUCCUCCAUCUCAGGGGCUGAGAAAUUUGUUGAUGUAGCCAUCAUGGAGUAUUUCCCCACCACUCGUUUUGAAAAGCCUUACAAAUACUGGCCGUUCAUCGAGGACGCGAUCAAGAUGGCUGCGUUUGAAAGGAAGGUGAAGAUCAGGAUGCUGAUCAGCUGCGGGCGUGACUCGGAUCCAGCCAUGUUGCCCUUUCUUCAGUCUUUGGCUUCAAUGGACUACCCUCUCCAUCACAUCAGCAUUCAAAUAAAACUGUACAUCGUCCCAGUGGGAAAUCAGUCUGACAUUCCAUACACCAGAGUCAACCAUAAUAAAUAUAUGGUGACUGAUAAAGUUGCAUACAUAGGUACCUCCAACUGGGCAGGCGACUACUUUCUGACCACAGCUGGAGUGAGUCUGGUGUUUUCUCAGAACAUUCCUCACUCUGCAUGGAACAAUAGGACCCUGCACCACCAGCUGAAGGAAAUAUUCGACAGAGACUGGCACUCAGAAUUUGCUGUGCACCUCAGCGAUCUUGGACACAACCCAGACUGUGCAUUAUCACCAAGAUGACUAAAGUUCUUGUCAAACAUCUAUGAAUAAUUUAUUUUGCUGUCAUUGCAACAUUUCCCUUAUAGCAGUGAUUUUGCUUUUUUUUUUUAUAUUUAGUGUUAGCAUCUUAUGAAAUUUUCAUAAUUUUAUAAUUGAUGGUUUAGGCUGAGAUUAUGUUAGUUCCUCAUACAUUUCUAUAUGUAUUUUUUUCAGCAUUGCUUCUUUGAAUGUACGAUAUAUGAAUAUAAUGUAUAAUACACUGUCUUAUUCAGCUGUUAGACUUUUAAAUAAACAAUUUAUCAGUUGUUGACACAGGGUGUCUGAUGGCCUUUCAAAAUAAAGUUGACAGAUAUUCCCCAUAAUUAGAGACUCUCUAUUAAAGGGAGAGAUUAUAACUAGAGAUGGAUUCAGAUUUCUACACCAGAAAGCAACUAUGAAUUAUUGUGGGAUUCCAAAAUAAAGCUUUUCAAAAUAAAA